GAGAAAGAGGUUUUUGCGUGCUCGUCGUCGUUAGGGUUUAAGCCCCCCUGACCGAAGACGACCCUCUGCAAGACCACCGCGCGCGAUCCUCCCACACCCUUCCCCGAGCUCGCAUCAAUGGCGACUUCCCUCUCCAAGCUCUCGUCCCGCCUCCACCGAUGCCUCCUCUCGAGCCACAGAGCUCCCGCCGCCGCCGCCGCCGCCGCCGCGUCCCUGUGCACGACGGCCUCGGGACCGGACGACGGGGGCCUCGCGCCGGAGUCCGACGCGGCGGCCCCUCCUCCUCCGGCGGCGGCGUCGGAGGUGGCGUCAUCGGCGCAGGAGCCGGACCAGCCGCGCACGGUCUACGACCGGCCCCUCAGGGACGGCCUCGACGUCGGGAUUUACAAGGCUAUAAUAAUGGGGCAGGUUGGGCAAAUUCCUGUUGUGAAGAGGCUGAAGAGUGGGAGGAUGGUUACCCUGUUCUCAGUCGGAACAGGCGGCAUCCGCAACAACAGGAGGCCCCUGCAAAAUGAGGACCCCAGAGAGUAUGCGGAUCGAUCUUCGGUCCAGUGGCAUCGUGUUUCGGUCUAUCCCGAGGCAUUGGGGGAAAUGGUCAGGAAGCAUGUUAGUCCUGGCAUGAUCUUGUACUUGGAGGGCAAUUUGGAGUCCAAAGUCUUCACUGAUCCUAUAACUGGUCUUAUUCGACGUAUAAGGGAGAUUGCAAUCCGUCGAAACGGUCGCAUUGUGUUUGUCGGGAAAGGUGGCGAUUCCCAGCAGACAUCACAGGGGGAGAUGAGAGGUGUUGGCUAUUACUGAAGGAGGACGGGAGAAAAGAGAGAAAGGGAGGGGGGUUUGAAUAGAUGCUUGUUUUCACUCUCGUGCAUUUCUUUCGAGCCUCAUCUGCAUCAAGACUUACAGGGCCAUGCAAAAGCUGAUAUUCUCACUUCUUACCAUUGCUCGGGUCAUGGCUUACCCAUGUAUAUUCUUUUGUCCUGGGCGCCGCUGACAUUAAGGGAAACUCAUUGUUAUGAAUCGGAGCUGAUUAUUGAUCAAUCUCUGAAAUCGUCUCAGGAUGACUGCAGAGAUAAUCUCCUAAUGUCUGCCUCUUUGUUAAUUUGUUUGAUUUUGACUUUCCUCU